AAUGCAACACAAACAGAAGACAAACCCGACCCCCCCACCGUCCAGGAGAUCAAGCAGAAAAUUGAAAAAUACAAUGCAAAAGUGACAAACUGCCUGUUGAUGAAGCUGAACGAGGAUGGGACGUACACAGGUUUCAUUAAGGUGCAUCUGAAGCUGCGCCGCCCCGUGACGGUGCCCGCGGGCAUCCGGCCACAGUCCAUCUACGAUGCCCUCAAGGAGGUGAACCUGGCUGAGAUGACAGACAAGAGAACCUCCUUCUACCUGCCGCUGGAUGCCAUCAAGCAGCUCCACAUCAGCAGCACGACCACGGUGAGCGAGGUGAUCCAGGGGCUCCUGAAGAAGUUCAUGGUGGUGGAUAACCCGCAGAAGUUUGCGCUCUUCAAGGAGAUGCGGAAGGAUGGGCAAGUGCUCCUGCAGAAGCUGCCUCUCACCGAGUACCCCCUGUACCUCCGGCUGCUGGCCGGCCCCGACACAGACGUGCUCAGUUUUGUGCUGAAGGAAAACGAAACGGGGGAGGUUGAGUGGGACGCGUUCUCCAUCCCAGAGCUGCAGAACUUCCUGAUGAUCCUGGACAAAGAAGAAAAGGAAAAAAUCCAGCAAGUGCAAAAGAAGUACGAGAAGUUUAAACAGAGACUGCAACAGACCUUGAAAGAAGCCCGGGGCAAGCCUGGAUAA